AGAAAUAAUUAUUUUUUCGUAUUGUUACACGAACGAAAAUUUGAUACUUAAACAUCUGUUACUUGCUAUAAGUUCAGCAUAUCGUCAAUUAUUUAUAUUAAAGAAUAUAUAAUUCAAUAUCAUACUAAUAGAAGUUAAAAAAUUAAGUCAGUGACUUUCUUCUAACAAAAUGCACGCCUACUGGAUCAUUUUAGUUUUUUGUUCUUUAUCAAUUGCUACUCUGAAAGCUGCAAAAAUCUGUGAUAAACUUAGUGUAGAAUUAGCUGCUGAAUUUGAUAAAUGUAACGAUUUAGACCCUGAUAAUAUAAAAAGUAUCAUUCGUAGUUGCAAAGCAGAUGUGCUCCUCAAAGAAGUUUACCCAUAUCUUCUUGCUGGUUGCAACGAUUCUUCCAUUACAAGAAAGGUUAACCAGUGCUUGAGCGAGAAAUUGGCUGAUGUAACCGAUGAGGAAAUGGCUGGAUCGACGGCCUGUUACGAUGAGGUUGGAAAGAAGUAUGACAUUGAUGUCUAGUCAAAGUCUACCUAAUGAAUAGAUAUGCCAAAACUAUCGAGAGAAUUUUUGUGUAAUUUAGGACAAUUUUGAGCAUAUAGAUGAAUAAAAAGUAAAUAAAAAAUGUUUUGUUGUUAUUCAAUUCAAAAUUAAAUUUUAUGAAAGCUUGAAAUUAAUAAUUAUUUUCCUGAUGCAACCUGCAUUGUAAAAAUGGAGACAGGAAAAUUUUUUUUUUUUUAGACUUAACCAUUUUUAGGAAAAUGAUCCGAACAAUCAAUUGUUGAAUAAAGGAUAUUACCAUGUUCA